AUGACGACAAACCAACAACUGCCCCAGCUGCUCGCACAGCUGCAGCGCAUCGCCGAGCCGCUCGACACCGCUGCCCGCAACCCGUGGUACCUGCUCGUGGCCAUCUGCUUCACCGUCCAGCGCAAACUCGACCUCCUCGUCGACCUCGUCGCCUUCCUGCUCAGCCGCGCGCAGGACCACAGCGCCAAAGUCGACCUCCUCGCCUCCGUGCGCGAGGCCAUCUUCACCACAGGCGUCCUCUACGGGAACCCGCUGAUGAUCAACGCGCUUUUGCACCUCAGGAACAGCGUCGACCCGCACCUCCUAAGCGACACCCCGCUCAGAGACCCCACCGUCCCCGUCACCGAGCUCCACCACCGCGGGUACACCUACUUCCAGUCCAUCUACGGCGACGAAACAGACCAGACCCUGCGCCUGCUGGCCAGCGUCCACCCCGACUACCCCUACUCCGCGCUCGCCCUGAUCUUCGGACCCAUCUUCCACUUCCACGGGAUCCUCACCCAGACCGAAACCUCCUACUGCAUCUGCGCCGCGCUGAUCGCCAACAACCUCCCGGUGCAGUCGCUCUGGCACAUGAAGGGCGCGCUCAGGCUCGGGGCCUCGCGAGAACAGGUCCUCGCCGUGCGCCAGGUGGUCAUCCUGGCCUCGGGCGUCGACGAGUCAGACGUGCCUCUCCCGCCGGCACGCAGCCCAGAUCUAGCCUAA